AGCUCAAGCAGCGCUGGCAGUGGACAUUGUUCAUAGUAUUGGGCCGGCAGGAUGCUGCUAGUCGGCCCAGCAUUUGGGCACAUGGCACGCCUAUGUUACCUUGCUGUGAUAGGAGUGACUUUAGCCCAAAGCCCUGGCGGUGUGUGGCACAUAAUUGAUGCCCUGUCAGUCAUUUGUCCGGGGAGUCCAGGAUAUGCUACCAUCAGCCUUACCAAGCCGACAACCGCCGACUACGAACCGCACAUUCUCACCAUCUUCCGUACGGCAAAGAAUCCUGUACAACUAAGCUUUGAGGUGAGAGAUUCCUCAGGCAACAUGGUUGCCGACCAGAAGCAGGGCCUGACCCUACAAGGUCACAUGCGACGCCUCAGCCGGAAGCUGUAUUCCAUGAGGCGUCGCACUGGCUUCACCGCUUCCAGGAGGCGUGGCAGCCCGCUUGUUCCAAUGAGCAUCAACCCGAUGUCCUGGUUCUCAGCACGCCGCCGCACUUCCGCCUUGCCCGCAGAGGCUCGCCGGAGGAUGGUCGCCCCCACUGGCCUUGCUGCACGCCGGAGAGGCACCUACAUGGGGAGCGCAGGGGGCAUGAGCAGUAUGUCGCGCCGCCGCUCAUACACUUCUGGAAGCACUGGCUACUCCAACCCUUACAGCUCGUAUAUGGGCGCUUAUGGCUACCCCAGCCCGAGCUACGCUUCCCAAAGUUUUGGCGGCCACAUGCCCAUGACAACGUCCUAUGGCUACAGUGGAGCCAAUGCUUAUUCAGGAAACAUGCCGAUUGCGCUCGCUGCCGGGGCAGGUCUGUUGGCUGGUUAUAGCGGCAGCCAUCUCUUGCACCAUCAUAGCCACUGGGGCGGUUACAGCCGUGAGGACAUGUACAAGAUGCCUUGCACCUCAGGAUCUUGGUCUGGCUCAUGCAGCACCUGCGUUGAAUUAUAUGGCGCCACCUCGUGCAACGUGAUGCUCUCGCCUCAAUUUGACGCAGCCCGGGAUGACCUCAUGACUACUGGACUGGUUCCGGCCGAAAUAGCAUGGCCCCUCUUUGUCAAUGUCACGCACUUGUCCGGGCCAGACUUUGAUCCAGCAGCUAUUUGUCCUCCGAAGUCGGCAGAUGAGAGGGAUGCAUGGACCGCUCCGCCGAUGAAACAGCUUUUCGUCACGCUGACGAUGCUUCCGAGUCAGAGGUCCGGAUUCGAUGACUCCUACCAAAGUACCGCUCGCUUUGAACGGGCCCGCGCGGGAUCAUCGGUUAUGUUCAAUUUAAUGAUUUUAUGUUGCUGCCUCAGCGGCUGCUUUUGCUUGGACCGAUGGCAAAAGGCCAACGGUUCUGGGCCAUACGAGCACGUCGGUAUGCAUUCCGCCCCAUUCCCCGGUGGUGUAAAUCCUUACUGGCACCAGGGGCACGGCGAGAUGUAUACUGGCCCUUUGCCGGGUGGUGCCCCAACUCCGCAUGUGCACGGCGAGACGGAGCUCAGUGCAGGAGUACCUUUAGUGCAGGGCAAGGUGGUCGAUGACUUUGGAUCGCCAGAUCCCAGGUCGCGAGCGCCAGAAAGAGCCGAGCAGGCUGAUGCAGACAACGCAAAUGCAAACGCAAGAAGCUCCACGAGUCCAUCUUGAUGCGAAUGACCUUGGGCUGAAGCAAAUCACGAUUACGUGGCCAAUGACAUUGGAUCACUCAGUGCCUGGUGCCACCGGCAGUAGCCGAGAACGGCCAAAGAGCCGCCAGCACAGGUGCAGCUGGCAACAAGAAGCCAAGUGUAUGCUAUCUCGACAAAUGCGGUCCACUUCUGUGUGUCAAGCUCAACUGACUUACCACAGAAUAGAACGGCACCUAACUUGUUC